UGUCUCAUACGGGGUUCUGGGAUCUCUCAGAAGUUCAUCCCCUCCCUUCCAAACCCCCUCCCCUGCACACUCAGACACUGCUGAUUGCCUGCUCCCUCCUUGCCCGAGCAGCUUCUUGGCCACCGGCGAUCUGCACUGGUCGCUCUCCCUUGCAAUUGCCUCACGUAGUCAUCACGCUCUGUUGUCCCUGUAGAUGCCUCACUCUAGAAGGUACCGCUCGUCGGAGCGCAGCAGCCGAGGCAGCUAUCACGAGCGCUACAGAAGUCGCAAACAUAAGAGACGGCGGACGCGGUCGCGAUCGAGCAGCAGCGAGCGUGAUCGUCGGCACCGUCGGGAGGACAGUUACCAUGUUCGAUCCAGGAGCUACGACGACCACUCGGCAGACAGGAGGGCCUACGACCGGCGUUACUGUGACAGCUACCGGCGGAACGAUUACAGCCGCGAGCGAGGGGAAGCCUACUAUGAACCCGAGUACCGUCAUUCCUACGAGUACCGGCGCUCCCGGGACCGCGAGGGCAGCUACCGGAGCUGCAAAAGCAGCCGGCGUAAGCACAGGCGGAGGCGGCGCCGCAGCCGGUCCUUUAGUCGCUCCUCAUCGCGGAGUCGACAGAGCAGCAGAAGGGCCAAGAGUGUGGAGGACGACGACGAGGGGCAUCUGAUCUAUCGCGUCGGCGACUGGCUACAAGAAAGAUAUGAGAUUAUUAGCACCUUAGGGGAAGGCACGUUCGGCAGAGUGGUGCAGUGCAUCGAUCACCGGAGGGGCGGUGCACGUGUUGCUCUCAAAAUCAUUAAAAACGUAGAGAAAUACAAGGAGGCGGCUCGACUGGAGAUUAAUGUGCUGGAGAAAAUCAACGAGAAGGAUCCUGAGAACACGAAUCUUUGUGUCAGGAUGUUUGACUGGUUUGACUACCAUGGCCACAUGUGCAUCUCCUUCGAACUGCUGGGGCUCAGCACCUUUGAUUUCCUGAAGGACAACAACUAUCUGCCUUACCCCAUCCACCAAGUACGGCACAUGGCCUACCAGGUGUGCCAGGCCGUGAAAUUUCUGCACGACAAUAAACUCACUCACACUGACCUCAAGCCGGAGAACAUCCUCUUCGUGAACUCUGACUACGAGCUCUCCUAUAACCUGGAAAAGAAGCGGGAUGAACGGAGCGUGAAGAGCACGACCAUCAGAGUGGUGGACUUCGGCAGCGCCACGUUUGAUCAUGAGCAUCACAGCACAAUUGUCUCUACCAGGCAUUACCGGGCCCCAGAAGUCAUCCUGGAGCUUGGCUGGAGCCAGCCCUGUGAUGUGUGGAGCAUUGGCUGCAUCAUCUUUGAGUAUUAUGUGGGUUUCACCCUGUUUCAGACACAUGACAACCGGGAGCACCUGGCCAUGAUGGAGAGGAUCUUGGGGCCAAUUCCUUCUCGGAUGAUCCGGAAGACAAGGAAACAGAAGUAUUUCUACCACGGCCGCCUGGACUGGGACGAGAACACCUCCGCUGGCCGCUACGUUAGGGAAAACUGCAAGCCGCUGCGGCGAUACCUUACCUCUGAGGCCGAGGACCACCACCGCCUUUUUGACCUCAUCGAGAGCAUGCUGGAGUACGAGCCGUCCAAGCGCAUCACCCUGGCCGAAGCCCUCAAGCACCCCUUCUUUGACAUGUUGGAGAUGGAGCCGAGCACGAAAAUGUGGGACUCUAGCAGAGACAUCAGCCGGUGACGCCACAGGUGCCAGCCUGCCCUCAGAUUCUAGCCCCCGUGGAGGCCUGUGUGAUUUCUAUUCAGACACUUGGUGCUUUUGUUUUUUUAUACGUGAGAAGAACUCCCUGGACAUGUUUGUAAAGCUGUUAAUAUGUGAGAUACUGUAAAUACCCCAUAUUCUCUAUCGGCCUCUGAGCACCAUGGGCCUGACUUCCUGCUGUUGCUGCUGCCGUUACCGUGAGGCGAGGGGGCCUGUGUGUCCAUACUGUAAAUACCUCUGUUCACGUGUUGCUUCGUCUCCUGUUCGCUCCUGCCCUCCUCGGUGUAAAUACUCCAGGACUCGCAGCUCUCUGUAGCUUAUCUGUUUCCUUGUAAGUUAUGAAACUGGUGGGAUUGUAUGGGAAUUAUUUUUUGGAUCAAUGUCAUAGCCCAUCCCCACACCAGAGUUUUAUAAGAAUUUUGUACAGUCUUUGUGAAAAAUAAAUAUGAAGUGAA